AUGAGGCGCGCCGUCACGGUGACCCCCCGAAAAGCACUGUACCGCAUCGCGUCGAUUCUUGUAAGCAACAGGCAACAGCGUGUGGUUACCAGCAUGGAGAGGAAGCAGCAGGUGCUGGGAUUCGCCCAGAGGAAGCCAGUGGGGGAGCGGCAGGGCAAGCAUGGCAGUGGGAGCGGCAAGCAGACGGAUUGGAAGGCUGCGGAGGAGCCUGGCAAUGAGGUGCAGAACGACGCCAUCAUCGCACCACCUCAGGAGCAGGCAGAGCAGGCGGAGCGCGCUCUGCAGCUGUUUGACAUGGACAUGGCGUUCGGCCCCUGCACUGGCCUCUCCCGCUUGGAGCGCUGGCAGCGCGCCAACCGGUUGGGGUUGAACCCUCCAGCCCACGUGCAAGCGCUGCUGGAGUCUGCCUCGUGCCGUGAAGACAGCGUUUGGGAGGGCAGGGUGCUGCGAUUGGGCCAGCCGGCUGGGGCUCAACCCUCCGCCCUCACGUACGAGUGCUGCUGGAGUGUGCUCCGUGCCGUGGAGACAGCGUCUGGGAGGGCAGGGUGUGAGGGGUGGCCGUGGUCAUGGCAGCAAGGGUGCAUCAAUGGGUGGGUGGUGUAUGGGUGCAUGGGUGGAUGGGUUCAUGGGCGCGUGGGUGUGUUGGCGCAUGGGUGCGUGGGCGCGUGGGCGCAUGGGCGCAUGGGUGCAUGGAUGGCUACAGCAAGCGCUCCCAUCGUUUGGAAGGAGGCCCUCAGCUUGACAAAUCUGGGGGUCAAUCAACGGUUCAUCAACUUCACUCAUGUAACGAUGGAGUCCGAGAAGUAUAUCUGUGUCAGGGAAACGGCUCCGUCGAACAGCGUUGUCAUCAUUGACAUGGCGAUGCCAAUGCAGCCUUUGAGGAGGCCUUUCACUGCUGACUCAGCAUUGAUAAAUCCUGACAGCAAAAUCUUGGCGCUCAAGGCUUUGAUUAAAGGGACGAAUCAAAUGCGAAUUCUCGACAUCGAGGCUAGGGCUGAAUUCAAGUCGUACCGGAUGCCAGAAAAGAUUGUGUACUGGAAGUGGAUCUCCAACGAAGUCCUCGGCCUCGUAACUCUGACAUCUGUUUACCACUGGUCGAUCGAAGGCGAGGUAAAACCCGUUAAGAUGUUUGAGCGGACAGCAAACUUGAACGGCAGUCAGAUAAUCAACUACCGGAGUGAUCCCUCUGGCAAAUGGCUCGCUUUGAUCGGCAUCGCCCCUGGUGCUCCUGAGCGUCCACAACUCGUCAAGGGAAAUAUGCAGCUCUUUUCCGUGGAUGAGCAAAAGAGUCAGGCGUUGGAAGCGCACGUAGCUGCGUUUGCCUCUGUAAAGGUGCCAGGAAACGACACUCCCUCCCUUGUCAUUGCGUUUGCCACCAAGACUAUCACUGGCGGACAGCUUAUAUCGAGGUUGCAUAUAAUGGAGCUUGGUGCUCAGCCAGGUCGUGUUCCUUUCACUAAGAAGCAGGCCGACCUGUUUUUCCCGCCAGCUUUCGCUGAUGACUUUCCGAUCUCCAUGCAGGUGUCAGCAAAGUUCGGUCUGGUGUAUGUCGUCACCAAGCUAGGCCUGCUCUUUGUGUACGACCUUGAGUCCGCUACAGCCAUCUACCACAAUCGCAUCAGCCCCGACCCCAUCUUCCUGGCAGCCGACGCUCCCAGCGUGGGCGGUGUCUACGCCGUGAAUCUCCGCGGCAAGGUGCUGCUAGCCACGGUGAACGAGCAGGCCAUCGUCCCGUUUGUCAGCGGCCAGCUCAACAACUCAGAGCUCGCAAUCAACCUUGCUCGCCGCGCGAACCUCCCUGGUGCCGAGAAUCUGGUGCCGAGGAGUAGUAGCCCAAAGGACGUGGUAGUGGCUGAAAAGAGCGUGGGGAGCCAGUCACCAGCAGCAGCUGGGCGAAGCGGGGAGAAGGGGCGUCGAUUUUCCCUGAAAGAGAAUUUGGGGUCGUGGUUCCGCUCUCAGCCCGGUUCUUCCAAUUCGGUCGACCGGACUGCCACAGCCAUUACUCACCAGAGCCUAGCCAAGAUGGGAAUGGAGGACGGGGAACCGCCGCGUAUCGCACCUGCGUACACGCCGUGCGCUUUCGAAGGGGAGUCGCCUGGGCCCCGGUGCGGUCACACGCUUACCGCCGUCACGCCUAUUGGAGAGCCUGGCAGCGCGAACUACAUUGGUCCGCGGCUUAUCCUCUUUGGCGGAGCGGCGGCGAUGGAGCGAGGCAAAGGUCCCGCGGCAGGAGCAGCAGCCUUAAACCGUAAGUCAGGAAGCGUGGGAAGAUCCCUCGCUAAGCGGCUGCUCGAUCGGCUCUCCCCUGUUGGCAAGCCUCCCUCCCCGCGAGCAGCGCAUGCGGCUGCGGCGAUGGGCACGAUGGUGGUGAUUCAGGGGGGGAUAGGGCCGACAGGGCUCGCCACUGACGAUCUGCAUGUGCUGGACCUGACUCAGGCUCAACCCAAGUGGCACGGAGUGGCGGUGCAAGGAGCUGGCCCUGGGCCUCGAUAUGGUCACGUCAUGGCCCUUGUGGGGCAGCGCUACCUUUUGUGCAUCAGCGGAAACGACGGCAAGCGGCUGCUGUCAGACGUGUGGUUGCUGGACACGACAGUGAAGCCGUACAAGUGGAAGAAGCUGGACCCCAAGGGCGAGGGGCCACCGCCCUGUAUGUAUGCCACCGCCAGCGCCAGGCACGACGGGCUGCUGCUGCUGUGCGGCGGCAGAGACAGCAGUGGCGUGCCCCUACCUGGGGCGUUUCGCCUGGCUCGGCAUCUGGAUGGCCGGUGGGAGUGGGCUGUGGCGCCUGGCGUGUCCCCCUCGGCGCGCUACCAACACGCUGCUAUGUUUGUGGGGCUGCGCCUGCACGUGUCUGGAGGAACGCUGGGGGAAGAGAGGAUGGUGGAAGACGCUUCCAGUGUUGCCGUUCUUGACACAGCCGCUGGCGUGUGGUGUGACCGCAAGGCCAUAGUAUCAGCCGCCCGCACUGGCCGCUACAGUGCCGACGCGCCGGGCUGCGACGCGUCCUCCGAGCUCACCUGCCGCUGCCGCCACGCCGCCGCCUCGGUCGGCGAUUUUAUCUUCGUGUAUGGCGGGCUGCGGGGCGGCAUUCUCUUGGACGAUCUGCUCAUUGCCGAUGACACGCCGCCCGAGCAGCCCACCCUGCCGCCCUCUGUGGGCGCGCCGGCGAAGGAGCCUGUGUCUGGGUCGGCCCGCAACCCGCCCAUGCUGCCCAGAUCGGGGGAGGGGCAGCAGGGCGUGGCGGUAGCUUUGGCUGUUGCUGCUCCGGAUGACAGAGAGGAGGACAUUGAAGCUGAACAUGCAAACGACCAUUUGCACGAGGUGGAUGAGGAGUCAGCAGCAGCAGCAGCACGACCAUCAUCAGCAGCAGCAGAGGGGGAGGCAGCAGCUGUUCCAGUGGCUGCAGCAGCAGCAGCACGACCAUCAUCAGCAGCAGGGGGGCCGGCUGCAGCUGCUGCUGCAGCAGCAGGAAGGGGGAAGUGUGCUGGUGUUGAAGUGGGUAUGGAUGUAGCACAGCCAUAUGUGUUUCGAGAAUAUUCUCUGGCAGAACUCACCAAGGCCACGGGAGAGUGGGCUGAGGGGAACAGGAUAGGAAGUGGUGGCUUUGGGGCUGUGUACAAGGCUGUUUCUCCCCACGAUGGCAAUCAAGCGUGGGCAGUCAAACGAGCUCGAGUGCUCACAAACGACUUCCAUAGAGAGGUGAAAGAGAUGGCAAGCAAGAGCCAUCCGCAUCUCGUGCGUCUGUUGGGCUAUUGCAUCGACUUUGACCCAUCCACACGAACAAUGGAGCAGCUUCUUGUCUAUGAGCUCAUGCCCAACGGCGACCUUGACCGUUGGAUCGGACCCGGUGUCUCCAACCCUCUCUCGCUGCAACAAAGGCUGGACGUUCUGAUUGGAGCUGCAAAGGGGUUGCAGUAUCUCCACGAUUUCAACAUUGUGCAUCGCGACAUCAAGCCAGCCAACAUUCUCCUUGAUAGAAAAAUGCAGGCAAAGGUUGCGGACUUUGGGCUUGUGAAGCUGCUUGGAGGGACAUCUAUGGCUACAUCUGAGGCUGCCACUCGACUGGUGGGAACACUGGGCUAUAUGGACCCUGAAUACUGCAGCUCUCACAUACCUUCUCCUGCUGUCGAUGUGUACAGUUUUGGCGUGGUGAUGCUGGUGGUGCUUACGGGGCGCAAGGCUGUGCUUGUUAUAGAGGACGACCACGUCAACAUCAAGAGAUGGGUAGCCCCACUGGUGAUCUCUGGAGCAGUGGCAGAAUUCAAGGACCCUCGUUCGGAAGCACCGGAUGGUUUGGUGCUGCACUUGGCUCGCCUUGCCCUCUCGUGCACUGCUCUGCCUGGGGUUUCCCGUCCCUCCAUGCUCCAAGUGCUUGCUGAGCUGGUGAGGAUAAAGCAGGAGACGUUUGGGGUGCGGGCGAGCGCGGAGGUUUCUGGCAUCGACACGGAAAUUGGAGUUUCUGAUGGCUCGUAUAACUUCAGUGCUGAGAUGGCCCGUGCGAUGCAAGAGGCUGGUAAGUCAGACGCAGCGUCGCACAAUGCAGGCAAUGCAGCAGCAGCUGAGGCAAUUGCCGCUCGGGGGGGAGCGGACGCAGGAAAGGCGGAAUGCUCGCAUCCUUCUCCAGGCGGCACGAAUCCAACGGCUCCCGCUCGUCGCAACUCGAACGAAGAGAUUGCGCAGGCGACCUUGCCGCCUUUCGCGGAGCCGCUGCCGUUGUUAAAAGACGUGGGUGCGCAGGAGCAGCAGGCUCUAUUCAUCCGGAAGCUUCGCCUCUGCAGUUACCUCUUCGAUUUUAACGACCCAAUGAAAAACGUGAAGGAGAAGGAGAUUAAGCGGCAAACGCUCCUGGAACUAGUCGGCUACAUUGAAUCCAGGAAAUUCAACGUGGCAUUGGGAGACAUCAGGCGCAUGCUGGAGAUUAAUCUCUUCCGGCCGUUAACGCGGUCCGCACACGGCGGCGAGAUGCCCAGGCCGACUAUGGAAGCCGCGUGGCCGCACCUGGAAUUAGUCUACGAGUUCCUGCUUAGGUAUGUCGUCUCUGAAGACACUUACCAGUCGCAUUGCAUCAACCAGAAUUUCAUCUUAAACCUGCUGAACCUGUUCGACUCGGAGGACCCUCGCGAGCGGAAGUGCGUGGAGACAAGUCUGAACUGGAUUUACGAUAUGUUUAAUGUUCACCGGCCGUUCAUCCGCGAAGCGAUUGGCAACAUUGUUCACCGAUUUAAGUUGGAGCGGCGUAAUGGCAUCACAGAGAUUUUCAGGUUCGCUAUAGUAAAAGGGUUUGAGCUGCCGUUUGGGGAGCAGGAUAAGAAGUUCCUAGGCCAGGCGCUAUUUCUGCUGCACAAGCCGAGGUGCCUGCAUAUGUACCACCACCAGCCGUCGUACUACUGCAUCAUUCAGUUUGUAGAAAAAGACCCGGAGCUUGCGGAACCAGUGCUGCGCGGGUUGCUUAAGUUCUGGCCCUUAACUGACAGCCAGGAGGAGGUGCUGUUCCUGGAGGAGUUGGAGGAGGUUUUGAAGGAGACCCAGUUGCCGGAGUUUCAGAUGGUCAUGACGCCGCUGUUCCAGCAGAUCGCACGCUGCCUCAGCUCCUCGCACUUCCAGGUGGUAGAGCGCACGCUGCGCCUGUGGAACCAUCACUACAUCAAGGCUCUCGUGGCUCGGAAUCACACCACCAUCAUGCCCCUCAUCUUCGCUGCCAUCAUGCUCAACAUCAAUCGCAAGUGGAAGCACCAGGACAGCAAGGCGGUGAACAGCUUGGCCACCAAAGUGCACAAUACGUUUCUCGAGAGGAAAGUGGACGAAGUGCUCUACAACGACUGCAUGCGCCUGUUCCUCGAAGAAGGGGGUAUGAAAACGAUAUUAUUUAUUGAUUAA